UCAUUAUCUGCUAUCAUGUGACCAAAUCUUAUGACUUCCUGUUUUGCAUAUCCAUGCAGCUGUGCUUUCUUUACUGUCAAAAACAUACAGCGCACGGUCUCCAAAUAGGCUUCAGAUUUCCCUUUUUCAUUUCACAUUUGGCCGUGUGAUCUUCAGCUACAGUCUCGCUCAGGAUGGCCUCACAAUUUAGCCCUUGCUUCCACGUUACUGUCGCGUUGUUGUGUUUCACAAUCGGAAGAAGUGACAUUUCCUGCAGAAAUGAAGCUGGUGAACCUGUUGACUGGUUUAUCAUCUACAAACUGCCCAAGUACAGGAUUGGGGAGGUUGGCAGUGGUUUGGAGUACAUGUACCUGGACUCAGCAGUUGGGAGUUGGCAGAGGAGUCAAUUCUUGGUAAACACAACCCAAGGAGCCAUGGCCAACACUCUGGAUCAACUGUACAAAGGAAAAGCCUACAUGUCAAACAGCUCUGUGUAUGCACUUUACAAUGAUGGCCCCCCAGCGUUGAAAUACAUCUAUAACUAUGGGCACACUAAAGGAGUUCUGCUCUUUGACCGCGCUCAAGGUUUCUGGCUGUCCCACACCAUUCCCCAUUUCCCCUCCUUCCCUGAGCGGGGCUACCAGUACCCCUCCUCUGGCAAACACAAUGGCCAAACCGCCCUGUGCGUGACAUAUCAGUACGCACAGUUUCUCAAUAUAGCUCAGCAGCUGGCCUACGUUUACCCACGUUUCUACAACUGUUCAGUUCCCACCGUGUUCUCAGCUGACCUGCCGCAGCUCCUCCAGCUGUGCAAGGGCUCCAAGCUGCCGCUGACCUCCAACAGGGGAGUGAAGCCGCUUUUUUCUGUCGGUGGGGAAAAAUUUGUCAGCUUUGUGAAAUCUGAGCUCUUUGUAGAUGAUAUCUACACAGGCUGGGUGGCUCAGGUCCUGGACACCGAUCUUCUGGCGCAGACUUGGCAGACCCAAGGCCGAGAGCUGCCCUCCAACUGCUCACUGCCGAAGCACACCAUGAACAUCAAGAGGACUCGGCUUCCCCCAGCAGUCCAGUUCCAGUCUCAUUAUGACCACUCAAAGUGGUGUGUGUCUCGAGUUUAUGAGGACCAUGUGACCUGCCUUGGCGAUCUGAACAGGGUCAAGGCUCAGAUGUUACGUGGCGGCGGGCUGAUCUGCUCCUACAACCCUGUGAUUUACAAGGCCUUCAGGCAGGCAGUGGACUGGUACAUUAGCUGCUGAAUGAGACUGAAUGAUGGGCUUUUUGGAAUGAUUGGGGUUAAAUCUUAAAGCAUGCAGGUUACCAUGAAGGUUUACCAUUUUAGAUUUAAACAUUCUGGCUUAUAAGCAUCUACUAAAUUUUAACAAACCACCUCAUUUGACCACUGCUAAGGUAUUUUGAUCCAGAAUUUAUUACGCUAUGGUAACAACCUCACAGCGCCCUCUUACAACAACCUUAAAUAAUAGUUAAUAAUAAUAAUAAUAAUAAUAAUAGGAAUCUGGUGACUCUAAGAUUCACUGCAAUCAUGUGAGUUUCAAAUAUGUUUUUUUUUAACUCCCUUUAAUGCUGACUGAAAACAACACAUAGACCUAACCUAAAUUUGCCAAAGCAACAUCUUGAUGAUCCCCAAGACUUUUGGAAAUAUAUUUGGUGAACUGAUGUCCAUGC